AUGGAAGAUUUAGAAUCUAGUACAGUAAAUUCGCCAUUAGAAAUUGAAGAACCAGAUAAUACUGUUCAUACUAAUAAAAAAAAUAAAAGGGGCCGACCCAAAAAUCCACUUUGGGAUAACAAUUUUACAGAAAUUCAUCAUAAUGAAAGUGGUUAUAGGGGUUGGAAAUGUAAUUACUGCACUGAAGAAAAUUUGCGUGCAACAGAUUUGAAUAUGAAUACACAUUUAGCUCUAACUUGCCCAAGUGUACCACUAAAUAUUAGACAAGAUU